GAGAAGCAAAUUGAGAAACGCCGAUUUCACGUGCGUAACAUUUCGCUGUCGAAUUUUCUCCAGGAUUCCCCUGACGACAAUGAGCAACGAAUUCACGAUUAACGAGUUUCCCGCUUUGAAGUCGAAGCAUGUUUAUAUCAGAGAUAAGGUCGCGCUUCUGAAGACGAUAAAUACGAUUCGGAAUGAUGGCGCGAAUAAUCUGCAGGUGGUCACGGACUUUGACUUAACCGUUACGAAGCAGCACAUAAACGGUACACAUGUACUUAGUAGCUUCGGUAUGUUUCGGAAGUGCAAACAACUACCACAACAAUAUUUAGACGAAGCUAAAAAUCUGUACAAUAAGUAUAGACCUGUAGAAAUAAAUCCAAAUAUGCCUUUGAAAGAAAAGGCAAAUGCUAUGCAUGACUGGAUGACAGCCGCGCAUAAUUUAUUAAAGGGUAUUGAGUUUGAUCCUCAUGAAUUAGAGGAGAUAGCAGAAACAUUUGACAAUAUACUACGCGAUGGUACAGAAGAGUUUUUUGAGAAAUUAUACAAUAAGAAAGUGCCAAUUAUAAUAUUUAGCGCUGGUUUGGGGGAUAUAGUAGAAGCUAUAUUGAGGUAUCACAAUGCUCUCUUCGAUAAUGUAAAAGUAAUCUCCAACUUUCUUAAGUAUAAUGGAAAUCAAUUGGAUGGAUUUAAGAACGAUGUACUCAUACACGUAUAUAAUAAGAAUGAGUGUGCUCUUGAGGAAAAUCAUCUGCAAGUACUUAAAAAACAGAAUGUGUUGGUAAUGGGCGACACAAUUGGUGACGCUCAUAUGGUAGAGAGAAUAAAAGACACUAAGACAGUCUUGAAAAUUGGUUUUCUUUAUGAACAUGUGGAAGCUAGUUUAGACUCAUUCAUGGAAAAUUUUGAUAUCGUUCUUGUCGACGAUCAAACGAUGCAGGUGCCGAUAGAAAUACUGCAAAAUAUCUUGUAAUACCAUCUAUUGCAAUAUCUUGUUUUGUAUAUACAUGUACAUGUCUACAAAAGCGUUAACAUCAUGCACAUGUGACUGCUCUGUCGUUCAAAACACAGAGAAUAACUUGUUUGCUUUUGACAUAUCUGAGAUUAACUUAAAUAUAUUUCUUAAAAAUGGCAUAUCUACGUAACACAGAUAGCUAUGCUCAUUUUGCUGAAGAAUAAUAUAUAAUAUUAAAGAUGUGUAUUUUAAAUAAAUUAAUUUUUUACAACUAAAAAGUUAAGAAAUAUACUGUUUACAAAUCUGUGCAUAUAUGUGAAUAUGCAAUGUCCAACUAUACCUACUGUUCAUCGAAGUUAUAAUUUGCGAAAAUUGAUUUGUACAUUGUAUUGUAUAUUGUAUGAUUGACAUCUAGAUGUGAAAUUAUCUUGUAU